GCUUUCUCCAUACCACCUCAUAUAUAAAUUGAUCGCGCCUCUCAUCCGCCCCCGCCCACCAACUCUUUCUCACCUCUCACGCUCCGUCUCAUCUACUGGUCCACCCAGCAGUACUCCCCUUAAACGCCGUGCCAAAUGACGGUGAUCAAUGCUCCGACUGCCUCCGGCCACGGCCAGACCGUCUGCGUCACCGGCGCCGGUGGCUUCAUCGCCUCCUGGCUGGUGAAGCUGCUCCUGGAGAAAGGCUACACCGUCAAAGGAACCGUCCGGAACCCAGAUGAUCCGAAGAAUGCGCAUUUAAAAGCUCUGGAAGGGGCGAAGGAGAGGCUCAUCCUAUGCAAGGCCGAUCUCCUCGAUUAUGAUUCCCUGCGGGCCGCCAUCGACGGGUGCCAGGGCGUCUUCCACACCGCCUCUCCGGUGACCGAUGAUCCGGAGGAAAUGGUAGAGCCGGCGGUGAGGGGGACCAAGUACGUCAUCAACGCAGCUGCCGAUGCCGGCACCGUCCGCCGCGUGGUGUUCACCUCCUCGAUCGGUGCCGUGACCAUGGACCCCAAGCGCGGCCCUGACGUGGUGGUCGACGAGUCAUGCUGGAGCGACCUCGAGUUCUGCAAGAACACCAAGAAUUGGUAUUGUUACGGGAAGGCGGUGGCGGAGCAGGCGGUGUGGGAGAUGGCGAAGGAGACGGGGGUGGAUGUGGUGGUGGUGAACCCGGUGCUGGUGAUGGGGCCGCUGCUGCAGGGGGCGGUGAACGCGAGCAUCAAGCACGUGAUGAAGUAUCUGGACGGCUCGGCGAAGACGUACACCAACGCGGUGCAGGCGUACGUGGACGUCCGGGACGUGGCGCUGGCGCACCUCCUGGUGUACGAGGCGCCCGGGGCCGCCGGCCGCUACCUCUGCGCGGAGGCGGUCCUCCACCGCGAGGACCUGGUCCGCAUCCUCGCCGACCUCUUCCCGGGAUAUCCGGUCCCCACCAGGUGCUCCGAUGAGGUAAAUCCUCGGAAGCAGCCAUACAGGUUCUCGAACCAGCGGCUCAAGGACCUCGGUCUCCAGUUCAUACCGGUGACUCAGAGCCUCUACGAAACAGUAAAGAGCCUCCAGGAGAAAGGACACCUCCCUAUCAUAUCUUGAUGCUGCUAUCACAAUCUUGCACCACCAUUGCUUGCUGCAGAGGACUGUAGACACAUGAACUACAGAAAGACCACCAACCUACCACACUACCAUAUGUAAAGAAUGGCACACCAACCUGCUACACUACAACAUGUAAAGAAUGGCACUCUCUUUAAAGGUUGCUGUUCAUUAUAUUCCGAUCAGAAAGUGCAAUAUUCAUCCAAAGCACCUGUUGGAGUGGACUGAAUUAAAAUGUAGUUUUUUUCCCCAAUUCAUAAACAUGCGAAUGCUCCAUAUUGUAAUUAUAUAUUAAUGUUUAAGACAGUUUUUA